CUAAAACCUUUCUGACAGAUUUCGAAAAUGAUUGAAAAUUAAUGAAAAUAUCUUAUGACAUUUUCGAAAAACAUGAAAAUUUUUCAAAAUAAAAACCUCUGAAAGCACACCUAUAAAUCGCACAGUCAAGAUACGAUAACAUAAUUAUUCAUUCUUCCUAUUUCCAGCCAAAAUGGGAUUUCUAACGGUUCUCAAGAAAAUGAAACAGAAAGAAAAAGAAAUGAGAAUUCUCAUGCUAGGCUUAGAUAAUGCUGGAAAAACGACAAUCCUCAAGAGAUUCAAUGGAGAACCUAUCAACACAAUUUCCCCCACAUUGGGAUUCAAUAUCAAAACUUUGGAACACAGAGGAUUCAAAUUGAAUAUGUGGGAUGUAGGUGGUCAGAAGUCUUUGAGAUCAUACUGGAGAAACUAUUUUGAAUGCACUGAUGGUCUCAUUUGGGUAGUAGAUAGUGCUGAUAAGAGAAGAUUAGAUGAUUGUAGAGCAGAGCUACAUGCAUUGUUAAAAGAGGAAAGGUUGGUAGGUGCUACUUUGUUGAUAUUUGCAAACAAGCAGGAUUUACCAGGAGCUUGUUCAAUGGAGGAGCUUCAAGAAAUUUUGGAAUUGGAUAAAAUCAAAACUCAUCACUGGAAAAUUGUUUGGUGCAGUGCUGUUACUGGAGAUAAUCUACUCAGUGGAAUAGAUUGGCUGAUAAGUGAUAUAUCUGCAAGAAUAUUUACCUUGGAUUGAUUUAUUAUCUCAGAACUACUCCAAUAACAAUUAUCAUCAGAAAUUAAUGCUUUUUUAUAAUUUUUUCAUUAAAAUAAC